AGUCGCUAUGUGGCAGCCCGACGCUCGCACUCGCCAUGCACCGAACCCCCGCCAGAAGCCAACGCAUCAUCUUAUGCACCGCUGCUACCUUGUCGCUGGCCAUCGCACGGCCCGAUCGGUGAGGAGAAGGACGGUAAAGUGAAACUGAAAGCGAAGUGUCACUUGGAGUAGUUGUGAACACGCUUGGACGAAACCUUCCCACAUAGCCAUUCACCCACUUCGGCCAACAGAACGAAUCAGGGCGAUCUAGAGUCGUAGAGACUGAGUUAGACGCGAUUGGAACUGGAGAGUCGAGUGUGCACCAAAGGAGUGGGUGCAAAGGUCAGAUGAGGAAGCGCUGAAAGGUCUGCUGUCUCUUCUCGCCUGCUUGUGGAUCUACAAGUAACGGAGAUGGCUUGCAGUGGGUGUGUGAAUCGUCUCAGCUUCUGCUGUUUGUCCGCCCAAAGCAUACUGCUCGUUUCAUGCGCGUUCUGGCUAGGUUCUCAUGCUGCGCCAGUUCAACACCGAGGGCAUUGGCCGGAGGCAGCAGAUUUGGCCACUCUUGCAGCGCCUAACUGCAGUUUGCUAACACUUUGGUCUGCGGAACAGCUGCAAAUCACAGCGAGGCCACUACUGCCUCCGAACUCGAUCGUUUCUCAUGCUUAUCUGAACUGCUUGGCAUUCGAUCGUCGUGGUUUCGCCAAGGAGGUCGUCUUCACGGUGGUGGACAAUGACAAUGCUUUGCGGCAGUUGCACUUCGUCUGUACGCACAACGGCUCCUUGGAGAUGGAUCUCUUCGGGUUUCCCAACCCAACGAACACGGGAGAGACGUGUCGUGGCUGCCGGAAUGCUACCGAAUCGUGUGACGUCUGUGACCUGUCAUGUCAGAAUGGUGGCACGUUGCUCUCCGACUGCAGCAGGUGCCUGUGCAUGCCUCUCUAUACUGGACGGCAGUGUGAAACCCUGAACCCGCAGCAGGACCCAGCUCUCACAAUUGCAACCAUAGAGCCACCAACCUCAGGUCAAAACCAGUCUGAAGUUGACCCAACCAUACCACUGGAUCAUGGCGAAGGAAAUGCUACCGAUGGUACGCCUUCGGAACAACCCUCCGUGGUUGAGGAACAAGUUGCAAAUGCUACAGAAGGUACACCGUCGGAACAACCCUCCAUGGCUGAGGAACAAGUUGCAAAUGCUACCGAAGGUACCCCUUCAGAACAAACCUCCAUGGCUAAGGAACAAGUUGCAAAUGCUACCGAAGGUACCCCGUCGGAACAGACCUCCGUGGUUACGGAAGAAGUUGCGAAUGCUACCGAAGAUACCCCGUCGGAACAACCCUCCAUGGUUAAGGAACAAGUUGCAAAUGCUACCGAAGAUACCCCGUCGGAACAAACCUCCAUGGUUAAGGAACAAGUUGCGAAUGCUACCGAAGAUACCCCGUCGGAACAACCCUCCGUGGUUACGGAACAAGUUGCGAAUGCUACCGAAGAUACUCCGUCGGAACAAACCUCCAUGGUCAAGGAACAAGUUGCAAAUGCUACCGAAGGUGCCCCGUCGGAACAACCCUCCAUGGCCACAGAACAAGUUGCAGCAAGCACCCCACCCAAUGGCACAACUACACCAAGCAAUUAUAUCAUGACAACAAGUAAUGAUGUCAUUCCCACUGCAGACGGCGGUGUUCCGGUCGAGUUUGCUAAGACAGAACCCAAUCAGAUUGCUGCAAAGCCUGUUGAUUCAACUGCAGAACCCUAUCCAUAUCUAGGCAAGGAUGCAGGCAAGGAUAUUCUCCAAGUUCCAGCCGACCGCCAGUAUAAGAUACAUGAUCAUGGUCACCCAACCGGUUAUCCUUUAGGAGGCGGCAAUGGAGAGAAAAGCGGCGUUAUAUACGCUGGCCCAGGGAGCACGACUGUCCCAAACGCUGACUUUGACUGGAAGGCCGCGCCAGUCUCUACAAAAGUGAAUACCGCUGUGGUAUUCGCAAACAGCACAGCAACUGAGUCACCACCAGGAGUGGCAACUGAGUCACCAUCAGGAGUGGCAACUGAGAGUACACAAACCAAUGCAUCCGAAACUGCAGGCCAAACAGAAGUGGCUGCUCAAACUGCUGAGUCGGUCACAACCUUGGGUGCCGGGGAAACCACUCCACCAACCAAUGCAUCUGAAAUUGAAGGCGAAACGGAGGUGGCUGCUCAAACUGCCGAGUCGGUCACAACCUUGGGUGCCGGGGAAACCACUCCACCAACCAAUGCAUCUGGAACUGCAGGCCAAACGGAGGUGGCUGCUCAAACUGCUGAGUCGGUCGCAACCUUGGGUGCCGGGGAAACCACUCCACCAACCAAUGUAUCUGAAACUGAAGGCCAAACGGAGGUGGCUGCUCAAACUGCCGAGUCGGUCACAACCUUGAGUGCCGGGGAAACCACUCCGCCAACAAAUGCAUCUGGAACUUCAGGCCAAACGGAGGUGGCUGCUCAAACUGCUGAGUCGGUCGCAACCUUGGGUGCCGGGGAAACCACUCCACCAACAAAUGCAUCUGAAACUGAAGGCCAAACGGAGGUGGCUGCUCAAACUGCUGAGUCGGUCGCAACCUUGGGUGCCGGGGAAACCACUCCACCAACAAAUGCAUCUGAAACUGCAGGCCAAACGGAGGUGGCUGCUCAAACUGCCGAGUCGGUCGCAACCUUGGGUGCCGGGGAAACCACUCCGCCAACCAAUGCAUCUGAAACUGAAGGCCAAACGGAGGUGGCUGCUCAAGCUGCCGAGUCGGCCACGACCAUGAGUGCCGGGGAAACCACUCCACCAACCAAUGCAUCUGAAACUGCAGGCCAAACGGAGGUGGCUGCUCAAACUGCCGAGUCGGCCACGACCUUGAGUGCCGGGGAAACCACUCCACCAGCCAAUGCAUCUGAAACUGCAGGCCAAAUGGAGGUGGCUGCUCAAACUGCCCAGUCGGGCACAACCUUGGGCGCCGGGGAAACCACUCCACCGGGAAUUGCAGAAGGAACGGUUGUCAAUACAGAGAACACUACGGCUGAGACCGGCGUUGAUUCCAACCCAGCUGCUCCUAGUACUGAUGGUGUCCACAUUAACAUGACAGAAUUAAUCAAUGUAGUCGUUCCCACCAUGGCACAAGACAAUACCGAGAUUGGCACUGAGCAAAACGUAACUCAGCCCAAUCAAACAACGGAAGCAGCAGAGGCCAGAACACCGCAUUUUGAUGCUCACCACAGCGCAGUGCAAACUGAAGUACCCGCUACUGAUCCGAUGGCAGAGACAGGAGGACCUGAAACAAUUGAGUAUGCGCCCGCAUGGGUCACCACCGGCCAAAAUGCAUCCCAAGCAGCCACGGACAGGCAAACAGAACAGAAUCAUAGUAUCGAGACAACGCCAGAAUCUCCUGCCGUGCGAACUGAUGUACCUACUCCUAAUGCAACAGCAGAGACUGGAGGACCGGAAACAAUCGAGUAUGCACCCACAUGGGUCACCAAUGACCGAAAUCUAACCCAAGCAGCCACAGACAUGCAAACGGAACAGAAUCAUAGUAUCGGAACCACGCCGGAAUCCACCACAGAGGGAACUGAGGUACCCGCUACUGAUCUGACGGCAGAGACGGGAGGACCUGAAACAAUCGAGUAUGUACCCGCAUGGGUCACCACUGGCCAAAAUGUAUCCCAAGCAGCCACGGACAUGCAAACAAGAAAGAAUCAUAGUGUAGGAACCACGCCAGAAUCCACUGCAGUGCAAACUGAGGUACCCGCUACUGAUCUGACGGCAGAGACAGGAGGACCAGAAACAACGGAGUUUCCACCCGCAUGGGUCACCACCGGACAAAAUGUAACCCAAGCAGCCACGGACGUGCCAACAGAACAGAAUCCUAGUGUCGGAACCACGCCAGAAUCCACUGCAGUACAAACCGACAUACUCGGUCCUGAUGCAACAGCAGAGACUGGCGGGCCUGAAACAAUCGAGUACGCACCCGCAUGGGUCACCACCGACCAAAAUGUAUUCCAAGCAGCCACGGACAUGCAGACAGAGCAGAAUAUUGCUAUCGGAACCACGCCAGAAUCCACUGCAGUGCAAACUGUGGUACCCGCUACUGAUCUGAUGGCAGAGACGGGAGGACCUGGAACAAUUGGGUACGCAGCGGCAUGGGUCACCAAAGACCGAAUUAAUGUAUUCCAAGUAGGCACAGACAUGCAAGCAGUGCAGAACCCUGAUGUCGGAACCACGCCAGAACCCACUGCUGUGCAAACUGAGGUACCCGCUACCGACCUGAUGGCAGAGACAGGAGGACCUGAAACGAUCGAGUAUGCACCCGCAUGGGUCACCACUGGCCAAAAUGUAUCCCAAGUACGCACGGAUAUGCAAACGGAACAGAAUCAGAAUAUUGGAACCACGCCAGAAUCAACUGCCGUGCAAACUGACGUGCCCGCUACUGAUGCAACGGCAGAGACGGGAGGACCUGAAACAACGGAGGUCGCAGCCGCAUGGGUCACCACCGACCAAAAUAUAUUCCAAGCAGGCACGGAUAUGCAAACAGAACAGAAUCAUAGUAUCGGAACCACGCCAGAAUCCGCCAUAGAGCGAACUGAGGUACCCACUACUGAUCUGACAGCAGAGACUGGAGGACCUGAAACUACAGAGUUCCCACCUGCAUGGGUCACCACCGGCCAAAAUGUAUCCCAAGCAGCCACAGACAUGCCAACGGAACAGAGUAAUAGUAUUGGAACCACGCCAGAAUCCACCACAGAGGAAACUGAGGUACCCGCUACUGAUCUGAUGGCAGAGACGGGAGGACCUGAAACAACGGAGUUCCCACCCGCAUGGGUCACCACCGACCAAAAUGUAUCCCAAGCAGGCACGAACCUGCAGACAGAACAGAAUCAUAGUAUCGGAACAACGCCAGAAUCUACUUCCGGGCAAACUGAUGUACCCACUACUGAUGCAACAGCAGAGACGGGAGGACCUGAAACAACGGAGUUCCCACCCCGGGUCACCACCGACCAAAAUGUAUCCCAAGCAGGCACGAACAUGCAGACAGAACAGAAUCAUAGUAUCGGAACAACGCCAGAAUCUACUUCCGGGCAAACUGAUGUACCCACUACUGAUGCAACAGCAGAGACGGGAGGACCUGAAACAAUGGAGUUCCCGCCCGCAUGGGUCACCACCGACCGAACUGUGUUUCAAGCAGGCACGGACAUGCAAACAGAACAGAAUCAUAGUAUCGGAACAACGCCAGAAUCUACUGCAGUGCAAACUGAGGUACCCGCUACUGAUCUGACGGCAGAGACAGGAGGACCUGAAACAACGGAGUUCCCACCCGCAUGGGUCACCACCGACCGAACUGUGUUCCAAGCAGGCACGGACAUGCAAACAGAACAGAAUAAUAGUAUCGGAACAACACCAGAAUCUCAUUUUGCCACAAGCCAGGCUGAGCAGGCACUGGACAGGACAACCCCGCAGUCAAGUGAUUCUACUGCUGUGCCGGCAUCUGGUACAGAUAUGAGUGCUAUGACUACCACGGCCAGUGCAGCACAUACUGGUGCUGGUACACAGCAAGUGGGAACAGCGGAUAUUCUCGCAGUGCCUACAGAGGACGUCAGGACGUUUACCGCUCAGCCGGUAGAACUAGAGACCACCCAGCAAUCUACCGCUGGGCCCGAGGUUGCCACGUUCAUGCCCACAACCACGCUAUCUGAUGCUGUGCAGCGGGAAACAACAGACGCAGAAGUGGCUACCAGUAUGCUGGGCACAACGGAGGUGCAAACAACUGCACCACAGACCACCACUCAACCUUUGACAACUACACUACCGACAACAACACAAACUCCAACAGCCACACCGCUAUCUACCACGCAGCACCCGAUGACCACCACAACGCUUGCUGCUGAGGUGAUAAUCACAACAGCCACUGAUCCUUGCCUGGUGGAUCCGUGUCAGAACAAUGGCACGUGCAGUCGCAAAGGAGCUGGAGAGGCAUACACCUGCGAAUGCCAGCUCGGCUUUGAGGGCAAAAACUGUGAGACGGAUGUGGAUGAGUGUGCUCUGAGAGGAUGGAUGUGCCUGAAUGGUGGCACCUGCAUCGAUCAGGUCAAUGACUUCUCGUGCGAGUGCGCAGCUGGGUUCACAGGAGCAUUCUGCGCUGUGGAGAUUAACGAGUGUGAGUCCGAGCCAUGCCUGAAUGGAGCACAGUGCAUCGACGGACUGCACCAGUACACGUGUCUGUGCGCGGCAGGCUUCUCGGGCGCCAACUGUGAGGUCAACGUGGACGACUGUGCUGGCCUGCCCGGCGACGUGUGCAUGAACGGGGGCCAGUGCCGCGACCUGGUGGGUACAUUUGACUGUGCGUGUGCACCAGGUUUCACCGGGCCGUGGUGCGGGGUCAACAUUGAUGAAUGCGGACUGUUCCGCGCCAUCUGCCAGAACGAGGCGAAGUGCGUGGACGGAAUCAACAACUUCACGUGUCAGUGUCCGCCCGGCUUCGAUGGCCACUACUGCGAGGUGAACAUUGACGACUGUGUGAAUGUCACGUGUGAGAACGCCGGAGAGUGCGUGGACGCCAUCAACGCGCACUGGUGCAAGUGUGCCGAGGGCUUUGGCGGUAAUUUCUGCGAGGUGCCGGCCGGCGGCUGUGGCAAGCCGUCGCCAUGCCAGAACGGAGGCCAGUGCAUACCGAUUGGAGCAGAGGACUACCACUGUGCAUGCUCUAAGGGAUUUGUCGGCUCUCAGUGCCAGCAUGAGGUCAACGAAUGCCAGGCGUCUCCAUGCCAGAACGACGGUGUCUGUAUUGACAAGGUCAGCGGCUUUUCCUGCCACUGCACUAAGGCCUUCUGGGGCAAGCAUUGCGAGUACAGUGUUGAUCACUGCUGGAGCAACCCGUGCCAAAACAAUGCCUCCUGCCUCGGCAUGCUGGACAGUUACUUCUGUACAUGCACCGAUGGAUUUGUUGGACGUGACUGCCAGCUAAGCGUUGCUGCAAAGGCUGCUCCUGCAAAGACAGAAGGACAACCACCUCCCCCGGAGCCUGUCAUACACUCGCCACUACCUAAACGGCCACCGCCACCGGACAAUUACUUCCCGCUGGGACUAUACAACGGACGUGAGCUAGUAUAGGCGGCCAUGAGAGUGGAGGCAAAGCCGGACCAUUGCCGUGGGCACAAAGUAGUGAAAGGCGUAUAAUUGUGUUACUAUACCGCAAUCACACUCUUCUGUGGCCAUCAACUUCAAUCGACACGUGCAGCUACCGGAUCAAAAUUGUUAUAUAUUUUAUCACCCUUCUCUUCUAUUUCUCUAAAAACUUGUAUCUUUGAUGAGACGUGAUCAUUCACAGUCGACAAGAAGGGAGAGUACACUGGACUCGGGACCACUCACUCCAAGAGCAACUAUUGUAAUCUCAGCAAGUUUUAUGGCCAUCUGUACCCCCCCCCCCCCUCUCCUUGUGGCGGAGAAUCUCUCCACCGGGCCUGUGAUGGCCAGUGGUCUUGUAAAUUCAACACCGGUACAUGUACUGCAUUAUUUUAUUUUUAUAGCUGUUAAGUGUUCAGUUGUACGGUGUUUAGACGUUUGCUUCAAAUCCCAUACAUGUACACUGCCUUGACAUGCACACACCGUAAACAAAACUGAUAAAAUUAUCCUAAAAAUUUACUGAUUCAACAACUGAGGCAAGCAGGUUUGUUCAUUUUCAUUGCAUGCGACUGGCGAAAAAACCCAACAACACAAGCUCCAUCAGCCCAGGAACGAACAGUACUAGUACAUAAGUUAUGAUAAUGCACUCUUGCUGGAACUUAUUACAAGCUGUUGCAUACUUUUUAUCGUGACUGUGUAGGAUGCACAGUCUUCCUUUUGAUCUCAUAUGGUGGCACCAGGGAGUGGAGUGGACUCCCUGGCUAGCACCUUGCACCCUAGGCCCAGUGUUGGUAGGUCUAGGACUUAGUUGAGCAGCAAUGACGAAGAGAGAA